AUUUACAAAAUUUUCACCAUUCCUCAUUCAACGUUAAAUAGUCAUUUCUCUCAGUCUUACGACGAUAACCGACAGUGUUGGGACUCAGGAACCAACAUUGUUCAAGCGCAAAACACUGAUAGUAAUUUCGCGUUGCACGGUCGCUUUUAUAAAACAAGCACCAUUGAGGGAGGCAGCAGUACCGGUGAUCCAAGCAUUGGCGGCAGCAAUUUGAAGCUAGCAAUAACGGCUAAUCAAGACGAUACUGAGUGCUUUAACGACAGCUUUAGCAAUCGAGGAGGAGGAGGCGGUGGCCAAUCCCCGCCGACACCUACUGUCGGUAAAACCUUGCUGAACACCAGUGCGAACCUAUUGCCGAUAACAACUGCAUCGGACACAUUUAAUAACUUGAAGAAUCUGUUGAAGAUUGAUAAGGGCUCGUCGCCGACUAGCAACGGUAGCUUAGGCAACCAUCAGGGCGGUAGUGGUAUUCGUUCCAAGGAUUCGAUUGGUGGCGGUAGCGGCAGUUACAACAAGCGUUCGCCCAACUCAGGCGAGGGUGCUCGCAAUAGUUUGAACGGCGGCAGAUCUGGAGCUCCUGGUGCUUCGGGACACUUUUCAACUGGUUAUAGCAAGAAUUCCGCCAAAAUUCGUCAACACGAUUCAGAAGUAAGCCCACGGCCUCGGCGAUCUUUCCAAAACGAUUCGUCGUCGUCGCGUUACUAUAACAAAAAUAGUGACAUUUUGGGAGGCUCUCAAGCUGGAGGUUUAGGCAGCAACGCUAACAACUCCAACCCUGGCAAUCCGCGCGGUGGCCCAUUGAACGCUAACAGCGGCGGCCUAUACCACAAUUCGCAUUCGGAUCAAAACAAUAGCGGAGGCGGUCGACGUAAUUAUCAACCGCACAAUUCCGAUGGCGGAUAUACGCGUAAUCUAAAUUCGGGAGGCUCUGGCAGCAACUACCGCUCUCACCAGGGUCAACGCUACGAAAACGGCAAUGGAAACGGACAACAGCGUCAGUACGGUUCUUCAACUAACGCUGGCUACAACAACUACCAUAAUAACUACAACAACAACAAAUCAUACGGACCACGAUCAUCCGCCAAUGAUGGCAAUGUAAACAACAAUUAUCGCUCAUCACAUCAAAGAGAGAGAGGUGAUAGGGAUCGCGACGAUUACGGCAUAAACGGUAGCAACAAUUAUCGUGACUACGACGAUUCUCCCAGAGGUGUCGGGGGAGGGGGCGGUGGAGUAGGUAGUGCACCACGCUACACAAACGGUACCAACAGCGGAAGUAACACAGCCAACGGUGGUUCAUCUGGCAGCAAUACCAAUAGUUUGGAACGUCGUUUGCCACCCUCUGCUUUGCGCUCAUCGGGUGUAGAGAGAGGUUCGGGUGGCAGCAAUAACGCAUACGAUCAUCGUGAGCGUGACCGUUCUUCGAACAAUCGUUCACCACCCUCACGGGGAGGAAGCGACAAUGUAUUGGGCAGACAAGAACCAUCAUCAGGACAGUCAUCUAACGUAACUUCGUCAUCGUCUUCGCGUGGUAUUUCGCCAAAUUCUACUGUCGGCGCAGGUGCAUUAGCCGCAGGUGUAGCAAGUCAACAACCCACACCGGCAGCAACUCCACCACCAUCAACUGGUCGCUGGGUGCCGCCAUCAUUGCGUCCUCAACAUGGACUUACUCAAGCCGAAAAGAAUGAUGCUGUUUUCAGAAGGGUCCGCGGUAUUCUUAAUAAAUUGACUCCAGAAAAAUUCCAAGAACUUAGCGACGAACUACUGAAGCUAGACUUAAAUUCUAUUGCCAUUUUGAACGGUGUUAUUCUAUUAAUUUUCGAUAAGGCUUUGGAUGAGCCCAAAUACUCGUCUAUGUAUGCACAAUUGUGCAAACGUCUAUCACAAGAAGCCCCAUCAUUUGAAAAGGAACCGAGUAGUUUGAGUACAUUCUUACGUUUACUUAUUGCCGUUUGCCGCAACAAAUUCAACAAUCGACUAAAGCGUGACGACGAAGGCGAUACCCAAUUCAAUAAAGUUCAUCGUCCACAAGCAGCAGCUGAAAAUGACGCCGAUGAGGAGGAGCGUCGCCAUUUGGCCAAGCAGCGUAUGCUGGGCAAUGUUAAAUUCAUUGGAGAGUUACACAAAUUGGACAUGCUUUCGAAGAAUGUCCUCCAUCAAUGUAUUUGCGAACUGUUGGAGAAAAACAAGCGUGCGGCCUCGAAGGAAGAGUUGUGCGAGGACAUGGAGUGCUUGGCACAGUUGCUCAAGACGUGCGGCAAGAACCUGGAUUCAGAACAGGGCGAAGAGCUGAUGAAGCAAGUGAUUAACAAAUUGGAAAGACGAUCAAAAUCUACAGAUUAUCCACCCAGGAUACGUUUCUUGCUGAAAGACGUAAUAGAAUUGCGUGCAAACAAUUGGGUACCUCGAAAAGUGGGCACCGCUGAGGGUCCAGUUCCAAUUAAGCAAAUACGCACCGAUGACGAGCCAUUAAUUCGAACACCAUUCACCAAUCGUAACCGUGAUAUGCGCAACAAUCGAGACGAUCGUGACAACGACAGUUGGAUGGGACGUUUGUCACUAAAUAUGCAGCCAGGCGGUCUCAACGACAUGUUUUCGGGACUAAGUGUGACUGGAGCAUCACCAAUUAUAUCACCAUUCACCACACCUGUGGGCAAUAAUCGACAGUAUAAUUCCAACAAUCGUGAUCGAAACCAACAGGGCGGCAACAACUACAGUGGUAAUCGCUACAAUAAGCACAAUCAACAGAAUGGUCCCAACAAUGGAGGUGGUGGUGGUGGUGGCGGCAAUCGUGAAGAUCGUCAGAAUAACAGAGAUAGAGGUGACAGAGGAGGAGAUAGGGAUAGGGAUCGCGAGCGCGAUCAGUCUAACCAAUACAGUGGCGGAAAUCCUUUGAACAAGGAAUUAGCGCCCCGUUUUAAACGCAAUCUCAUCACUCCCAAUCAAGACUCUGUGGAGAACUUACAAAUGAGACCAGCGGCGAAUUCGUUGCUCUUCAAGGCGGCAUCACAAAAUCAAAAGCUUCCCUCGAUGUUGCCAAUGUCCACUCCGCCCAUGGUUAAUAACAGCAACCCAAGUCCAAUGAGUGGAGGAUUUGGCAGAUUAGGAGGUGGUAAUAAGGAUAUGCAACUAUCGAAUGCACAAUAUCCCUUGUUGGGUACACCUACAACACAUCUUUCAUCUAGCCAACAACAACAUCAGCAAAAUUCGAGACCAUCUUCCACACCAUCAGCAGAAGCGGAAUACAAGGGCAGCAGCAAUAACAGCGAAAAAACAUUAAAGAGCACUUCCUCAAAUCCAGACUUUGCCAAGAACUCAUCAAAUUAUGGCUCAUCUGCACAUCAAAGAACGUCUGAAAGCUUAGAUCCCAAUGAGGAUGUCAAUGAGAAGAAGUCUCGUCUCAAUACACCGACCACACAAUUGGUCACAAAACAAGGUUCAACGGAGAAAACAGGUGCUAGUGGAGCAGGAUCUUCUGCCAACAACAAACAGCAAAAGAAGGAAAAGGCUUUCAAUAAAGAUGAGGUGCUCAAAAAAACUGCCAGCUUUAUGAAAGAGAAAUUCUUCUUUGCAAAGGAAGAAAACGCAGAGGACGAAGAGAAGAAGCUCGCGGAGGUGGUUGAUGGGUUCGUGGACUUGAAAGUUCCCGAAAAGUGUAUGAAGGACGUUUGCGUCAAUUGCAUUUUGGAUGUAUUAGAAAAGGCUGACGAUCAUUAUUUAGAACGCAUAUUGAAAUUUGUGCAGAUGCUAAGAAAACAAAUCAAUUUGAAAAAUAACAUCAUAUUGGAGGUCUUCAAACAAGUGGUCAAAAAAAUGAACGAAAGGGAAGCCCUGAAUCAACGUAUAACCACAUUCGUAGCAAUUUUACUGGCCAAAGGUACUGUGGGCGACUCAUGCCUUCUGAAACUCAACGAUAUUGCCAAUUACACCGAUAACGGUCAACAUUACCCCUUGUUCUUGUUGGUGCUUCAACAGCUUUGCAAAAUCAUUGGCAAGGAUCAAUUGGAAGAGAUUUUCCGCUCUAGUAAAAUCGACUUGAUGAACUGCUUGCCAGAGGUCGAUCGCAAUAAAACCCGCCUGGGCGAAAUCCUUGAGGACCGUUCGCUGACCUUCCUCUAUCCCUUGCUUAAAGUGCAGUCGGAAAUGAGCAAACAAUUGACCGCAAACCCCGACCCAACCACCUUCUACAAAUGGAUUAAGGCAAACGUAGACGCCAAAUAUUACAAAGAAGAAGGUUUUAUUAGUGCUCUGGUAACUGUUAUUGUCAAAUAUGUAACAUCGCAAACCAGCUUCCCCGAAGGAACAGAUGUUAAAAAUUGUCCCGACAAAGCAACCAUUCAAAAAGAAGAAAGUCUGUUUGAAAAAUACUGCCAAAUCCUUAAAUCUUUCUUGGGCCAAAGUAUUGAGUUGCAGCUUCUAGCUAUUUACGCUCUACAAGUAUUUUGUGUUAAUGAAAAUUUCCCAAAAGGUAUGCUCUGCCGUUGGUUUAAAUAUCUGUACGAAGCUGAAGUUAUUGACGAAGAAACCUUUAUAAAGUGGAAGGAAGAAAUAUCGGAUAAAUAUCCCGGCAAGGGCGACGCUUUAUUCCAGGUCAAUCACUGGUUGACUUGGUUAGUAGAAGCCGAAUCUGAGGAUGACGAAGACUAAAUAAUAACCAACCAUAUGAACAACCGAGAUGAUAGAAGCAACCAUUUAUUAUUACUAUUAUUAAACUAAAAACCGUAACAACACUUUUUAGAUUUUAAACGGAUUUAUUUUGAACACCAAUACCCGUCUAUACUUCUGCUCCAGAACACGAUACUAACAAGCCUCACAAUUUCCUUCUACUUCUUAAUAAAUGAACUAUAAUUAUUUUAGUAAAAUUGAAUCACACCCUUACAAUAAAUUCAAACCUAAAUUCCAGUCCCUCACGAUCCAAACCAAAUGUACCUUCACCUCCCUCUCUCUCUCUCUCUCUCUCACUCUUUCACAAACUCAUACACACAAAAACUGUUCUAAAAUAUGACAUAUUGUCCUACUUCCAAUUUUUUGUUUAUAUACAUAUUUUUUUAUUUCUUUUUCACAUUAUUUUUAUUAACAUAACAAAUUGACAAAAUUUAGCAAAAAAUAUACUAAUUAUGAAAAAAGUUUACUCUUCGAAAUUUACAUAAAAAGAUUGUGGAUUCGUUUGAUAAUUGAUCAUCAUGAUAAACAAGAGAAAACCAAUUCAAAAUAGAAAAAACUAAUACAUAUUGUAAUUCCAUAAAUAUUUAAAAACAAACACAGAACAAAACAAAACAAAAAAAUCAAUAAAAUAACAAUAAGGCGAAAACAACAGCUUAUCGCAAAAUUGAAA